UUUUAUAACUAGAAAAAUUAUGAGCGAUUUUUAGAUUUGAAGGUUGAGAAAAAAUAAAAGAUGGAUAAGAAUAAAUUAAAUUUAAAUUCUAAUGAUAAAAGUGAACUGUCAUCGGGUUUAUUGGCGACAUAUGGCGGUCGAUGUAUGAGCACACAAGCAAUGCAAUCGUUGUACGAUUUGAGGCUAAAUAAUUUAUUUUGUGACGCUAUAAUUCGGCUUGAAGAUGGAGGAGUUUUUCCAAUACAUCGAGCUAUUUUAUCUGCAUGCAGUACUUAUUUUAGGACAUUAUUCACAACAAGUUUAUAUUCUCAAGAAAAAACCGAUGUCUUAGUACCCGGAGUACAGAGCGAAAUGAUGAAUUUAUUACUCGAGUACGCGUAUCUCCGUUCUUUGGACGUUAAUCACGAGAACGUUUGUCAAUUACUUGUAACAGCAAAUUAUUUAUGUAUAUUUGGUAUCCUCGAUUUAUGCCAUAAUUAUUUACGUGACAAUUUAACACCUGAAAAUUGCAUCGGCGUGCUCAGAUUUGCGCGGGAACAUUUUUGCCAACCGCUAGAAGUCGAUGCUCAUACUUUUGUAAUGAGACAUUUUGUUGAGGUUGCGGUUAAAAGUGAAGAAAUAAUUCAUUUGUCAAUAGACGAAAUUCGUCCGCUGAUAGCAACAGACGAACUUAAUGUUAAAAGCGAAGAAGUUGUUUGGGAAUUCGUUCUACGUUGGAUUAAUCAUAAUCCCGAUGAACGGAAGAAAUAUAUAAAAGAUUUGAUGAAGACAAUAAGACUGGGACUACUUGACACUCAGUAUUUUCUGGAGAAAGUUAAAGACCAUCCUUAUGUUACGGGUUUUGAAGAAUGCAGGCCGAUCAUUAUUGAAACUUUGACGUUUUUGUAUGACUUGGAAAUGAUUACGCAGAAAGAUGGGGAACUGGAUACUCCGGAAAUAGCGAGGCCGCGAGUCCCACAUGAAAUUUUAUUCGCUUUUGGCGGCUGGAGAGGCAACAGUGCGACUAGUUUGAUGGAAACUUAUGAUACCCGUGCUGAUAGAUGGAUUCCGGUAUUGGAAGUUGACCCAACUGGUGGACGAGCUUAUCAUGGAGCUGCGGUAAUUGGGUUUAAUAUGUACAUAGUCGGAGGGUUCAAUGGAGUCGACUAUUUAAAUAGCUGCAGGUGUUUCAAUGCAGUGACUAAAGUUUGGCGGGAAAUUGCUCCAAUGAAUUUAAGGAGAUGUUAUGUCAGUAUCGCGGUAUUAAAUGAUAUAAUUUAUGUGAUGGGUGGAAGUGAUGGAGUAGAAAGAUUCAAAACCGCUGAACGUUACAAUUAUCGAGACAACCAGUGGUCAUUAAUUGGGACUAUGAAUGUACAACGUUCGGAUGCUAGUGCUACUACUCUAAAUAAUAAAAUUUGGAUAACUGGUGGAUUUGAUGGUCACGAAUGUACUAAUUCUGCUGAAUAUUAUGAUCCUGAUACAAAUCAAUGGACAAUGAUUGCACCAAUGAAGUCAUGGAGAAGUGGAUUAUCUUGCAUUGCUUAUCAUGGUUGCAUUUAUGUUAUAGGUGGAUUUAAUGGGAUAUCAAGAAUGUGUAGCUGCGAGAAAUAUACUCCAGCAACUGAUACAUGGACUCAUAUACCAGAUAUGUAUAAUCCAAGAAGUAAUUUUGCUAUUGAAGUUAUUGAUGACAUGAUUUUUGCAAUCGGUGGUUAUAAUGGAGUUACUACUACUUUUCAUGUUGAAUGUUAUGAUGAAGCUACUAAUGAAUGGUAUGAAGCAACAGACAUGAAUAUGUACCGAUCAGGAGUAUCAGCAGUUGUAAUAAUGGGAUUGCCUAAUGUACAUGACUACAUUCAUAAACACCGUGAAAGUCUUAUGGAAGAGAAGCGACAAAAAUUACUUGCACUCGAGGUACAACGUAGCCAUCAACAAAAUCAUCAAUCCCGAGUUUCCAAUAAUCACAAUAACAAUAACAACAACAACAAUAAUAAUAAUUUUUUAAACUCUAUCAUAAGUGCGCCCGUAGCUCUGCGACGACCGUUUCAAAAUCACAAUCUUUAAGAAUUUUAUAUUUUUAUUUAUUUUUUUGAGAU